UGCUCUUUCUUCUUGCCAAACUACUCUCUCUCUCUCUCUCAUAUUUUGUAUUUUGCUCAUCAAAUUCUACAUUUACAUCUCCAUUCUAAGUAAGAAAUUAAACGAAAAAAAUCGACAUAACAACUGAUCGGAAGCAUAUAUUAAGAUUUUGAUUUCAUUUUGGUGAUUAUUUCUCUGGAUUUCAUCAGAGUACUUACUAAAUCAAAUGGAAGCCUUAUCUGUCGUUGGAGGUGCUCUUCUAUCAACAACUUUUCAGUGGUUGUUCACGAAGUUGGAUUCUAGUCAAUUGUUCAAUUUUGCAAAACGGGAGCAAGUUGAUGUGGAGCUCAAGAACUGGAGGAGUUUGAUGUUGAAAAUCCGUGCGGUACUAGAAGAAGCCGAAACCAAGCAAAUAACUGACCCCUUUGUGAAAAUCUGGCUUGCCGAGGUUAGAGACUUGGCUUUUGAUAUGGACGAUAUCUUGGAUGAAUUUCCUUUUCAAGUAUCCUGUGGCAACUCCAUUGCUAAUCCUGAAGCUUCAACAAACAAGGCAUCAAACAUCAACCGAACAUCUUGUAGUGGUACAAGACCAAGUAGUUUUAUACCAGAUCUUGGGGUAAGUAGCAAGAUACAGGACAUCACCGACAGAUUACGAUGUAUUUCAGCAGAGAUUAAUGCUCUAGGCUUGAAUUUGACUAAGAUUGCUGGAGACAUGUCCAACAAAUUAGUAGAAAAAAGGCCAACUACUUCUUUGGUUGAACCUAACGUUGUUGGUAGGGAAAAUGAAAAGGAGGAAAUUGUUAAAUGCUUGCUCAGGGGUGAUGAAAAUGGUCCUGAUGGCGUAUGUGUGAUUCCCAUAGUUGGAAUGGGAGGAAUAGGUAAGACUACUUUGGCUCAACUUGUUUAUAAUGAUGAAAGAGUCACAGAUCAAUUUGCCAUCAAAGCCUGGGUGUGUGUCUCUCAACAGUUUGAUCUUCUCGCUGUGACAAGAAUAAUUCUGGAGAAAGUUACGUCCAAUUCUCAUGAAACUAGUGACCUGGAUUUACUUCAAAUAAGGCUGAAAGAGGAAUUGUUGGGAAAGAAGUUUUUAUUUAUUCUAGACGAUGUUUGGAGCGAGAAUUACCAUCAAUGGGAUCUCCUAAGAAGACCAUUCACAGCAGGAGCACAUGGAAGCAAAAUAAUCGUUACUACUCGCCAUUGCAAUGUCUCAUCAAUGAUGGGAAAUGUUCCACCUUAUCAUCUACAAGCUCUUCCAUAUGAUGAGUGCCUAUCAUUAUUUGCUCAACAUGCAUUAGGAGAAAGAAUUUUCAAUGCACACUCGGAUGUCAAAAAAAUUGGAGAGGAAAUUGUCAGAAGAUGCAAAGGAUUGCCAUUGGCUGCAAAAACCAUGGGAGGACUUCUGCGUGGAAAGCGAAGUUGUAAUGAAUGGGAAGAUGUAUUAAAAAGCAAGCUAUGGGAUUUACCAGAAGAGGGGAAUGAUAUUCUUCCAGUUCUGAGAUUGAGCUAUCACCAUCUUCCAUCUCAUUUGAAACAAUGCUUUGCUUAUUGCGCUAUAUUUCCUAAAGGCUAUGAAUUCGACAAGGAUGAGCUAGUUUUGUUGUGGAUGGCGGAGGGGCUCGUACAGCAGCCAAAAGCAAUGAAACAAAUGGAAGACUUGGGCAAUGAGUAUUUCCUUGAUUUGUUAUCAAGAGCAUUCUUUCAGCAGGCAGGUGGCAAGGAAUCACGAUUUGUGAUGCAUGACCUGAUGAAUGAUCUAGCUCAAUUCGUUGCAGGAGAAACAUGCUAUAACUUUACAGAUAAACUCAAGUGCCACAAGUGGCUUGCAAGUUUUGAAAAGGUGCGCUACUUGUCUUUUACGAAGCACAAUUACGACACCUCUCAAAGAUUUGGAAUGGCUUACAAGAUGAAGAGCUUGAGAACGUUCCUAUCAUUUUCUCCAUUUUCGCAUUCCUUUCAGAGCUUUUUAUCUAAUUGUGUGCUACAUGAUUUUCUGCCAAAAUUGAGAUACUUGAGGGCAUUAUCCCUCUGUGAUUAUAACAUCAAGAAGCUACCACAAUCAAUAGAGGAAUUGAAGCAUUUGCGAUAUCUCAAUUUGUCAGGCUCCUUGAUACAAUGUCUACCAGAAUCUGUGACUUCUCUUUUCUACUUGCAAACAUUGAUAUUACGCAGGUGCAAUAAGCUCACUGAGUUACCUGCAACUAUUGGGAAUCUAAUCGAUCUUCGUCAUCUUGAUAUCUCACACACAAUGGCUUUAAAAGAGAUGCCACCAGGGAUCGGUGUGCUGAGAAGCCUUUUGACCUUGCCAAAAUUUGUUGUGGGGAAAUCUGAUGGAUUGAGAAUAAGAGAAUUAAAUGGCCUAUCACAUCUUCGAGGUCAGUUAUCUAUUCUCCAGCUGCAUAAUGUGUUGGAUACACAAGAUGUAAGACAUGCCAAUUUAAAUGAGAAGGAGGGUCUUGAUGAAUUAAAGCUAGAAUGGACUUGUGAUUUUCAUAACUCACGUAAUGAAACCAAUGAGAUGCAAGUUCUAAGCUGGUUAAAACCUCAUCACAACUUGAAAAAAUUUACAACUAAAGGCUACGGGGCUAAAGCAUUCCCUUCAUGGAUGGGUGAUCCAUUGUUUUCUAAUCUAACACACUUGGAGUUUUAUCAUUGUCAAAGAAUCACUUCCCUACCAUCGCUUGGACAGCUGCUCUCAUUGAAAAUAUUGAUCAUGAAAGGCAUGGUUGCAGUAAAAACAGUGGGUCUUGAGUUUUAUGGAUAUGGUUCUUCUUCAAUUGGCACUUUUCCGUCAUUGAAGAUGCUAAGAUUUGAAGAUAUGUUAGCUUGGGAGGAAUGGUCUUCUUCGAUUGGCAUUAGACUCCAAAGGACAAGGCAAUUCCCACGGCUUCAUGAGCUUCAUAUUUAUAACUGUCCGAAGUUGGUAGGGAAAUUGCCAGCCUAUCUUCCUUCUCUUGUAAAACUUGAGAUUUGCAGAUGCCAGCAGUUAACAUAUUCAUUGGUGAGUCUUCCAUCUCUUAGAAAACUGAAUUUGGAAGCAUGCAAUGAGAUGAUUUUUCGAGGCAUGGUUCAUCUCACACGUCUUAGGACAUUGAAAAUUAGCAACAUUUCUUAUCUUGCUAGUUUACCGAAUGGGUUCAAAGAAGACAUGGUAGCACUUGAAGAUGUGGAGAUAGAAGAAUGUACUGAAUUUAAAUCCUUAUGGGAGGACGGAAGCGGUCAAGAGAAUCUGGUGUGCCUCAAACGUAUUUCGAUCAAGAAGUGCCCCCUAUUUGAGCCCUUGGGAGGGGAAGAUCAAGUUGUCCUAUCACACAAUCUUGAAAUUUUGGAGUUACAUGAUUGUAACAACCUUAAAAGGCUGCCAAAUGAAUCGUUUAACAACUCAUGUCUAAGAAUAUUAAGUAUAAAAGGGUGCAAAACGCUAAAUUCAUUGCAUGGGAUAAUGAAGAUUGAUGGUGGAAACACUAGCAACAACAUGCGUCUUGAAAAGUUGACGAUAAGAAAUUGUCCUUCUCUCAGAUCUUUUCCAAGAGGCAAAUUACCACCUACACUCAGGAAGUUGGUUAUUGCUGAUUGCGAGCUCCUUCACUCUCUACCGGAAGGACUAGUGUCAGACGGUGGUGAUGAAACCCUGCAUCGUCUCCAAGAGGUAAUUAUUAGAAAUUGCCCUUCUCUCAAAUCCUUUCCACGGGGCAAAUUUCCUACCUCCCUCAAGACAUUGCUUAUCGAAGAUUGUGAGUGCCUUCAAUCUCUACCAGAGGGAAUGAUGCAUGACAAUGGCAACAUGUUGCAUUUGGAGGAUUUGAGAAUGCAAGGGCUUUCAUCUUUCAUGUUCUUUCCAAAUGGCCAAUUACCCAAAACUCUUAAGAGUCUUAUCAUAUUUAAUUGCAGGAGAUUAGAGACUGUUCCAGACAGAAUGUUGCAACAUAGUCAGGCACUUGAAACCAUUGAAAUUUCCCACUGUACCAAUCUGAAAACCUUACCUCUUCUUUGCUUCAACAACCUAACUCAUUUGAGUACGUUGGUAAUAAUCGGAUGCGAUGGUUUAGAAUCCUUUUCGGAAGCCCAGCUGUUCACUCCAAAUCUCAAACUUCUAAGAAUAAACAGAUGUAAGAAUCUCAAGUCCCUGCCUGCCAUGCACAAUCUCAAGUCACUUGAAGGGCUAAAAGUGAAGAGUUGUCCAAGAAUCUUGUCCAUGCCAGAAGGAGGUUUGCCUCCGAAUCUAUUGUUUCUGUUCAUUGAUUGCGAGAACUUGAAGCAGGCAAUGUCCGAAUGGUGCUUGGACAAAAUGAACUCUCUUCGUCAGUUAUGGAUCCAUCGGAUAUGUCCUCCUGAAAAUGUGUUUCCAGCUUCUCUGAUUGAGCUUUACAUUAGAAAUGUAGCUGAUCUAAAAUCCUUGCCUGGAGAGCUCCUACGAAACCUAUCAUCUCUCCAAGUUUUAGAUAUUUCUCGUUGCCAUCAGCUUCAAACUUUGCCAGAGGAAGGCCUGCCUCCCUCCCUCGGAUCACUCAGGAUUGACGACUGUCCUCGUUUGCAACAUUGGUGCUUGGAGAAUAGAGAUUCCAGGCGUGUCAUAGCCCACAUUCCUUGCCUAUGGAUAGGUUAG